AGUAUAUUAUUAAAAAUGAAGUCACGCUUCUGGAAUAGUUGGACUAAAGAGGAACCCAAGGUUAGAUCAUCAAUUGUUGUUAAAGAGCGUGAUGACAUGAAGAGAAAUUGUGAGGAAUUUAGAACAAAAACACGACAAAAUGAUUUUCAAAUAAGAGAUAAUUUUAGCUCGAAUCGAAACGGAAAGUUGCGCAAUAGUGGACUCGAUGACGAACAUGAGGAUGAUGAUGAUGAUAAUGAGAGUCCUGUAAAUAAUGGAAAAAAUUCCGAAUUUAUUUGGGAUUCGGAAAAAAAUUCAUUCUAUGAAUCUCGAAGAAGGAAGUCUAAGAAUACAGAUACAGAUCACCAUGACAAAUGCAACCAAGUAAAACUGACAAACGGAAAGUCAAGAACAAGCAACGGUUUUGUGAAACAGGUCAAGCGAUCCGAUGAAUCACUGAGAUCAUUGGAUUGUGAACGGCAAGGUGCGAAUUUUCAGCCGAGUUAUGAUGAAAAGAAACGUUACUUUUAUAAUGAUGAAGUGAGAAAUGGUAACUGUGAGCCAAUCAAAUUUGUCAGAAAAAUUGAGGAGUUUGAAUACAGGCGUGAUACCGAUGAUUUAAAAUCGAUACAUCAGAAAUGUCAAAAGCCGAGUCGUACCCUUUUGUCAAGAGCUUCAAAUGGUGACUUAGUUCAAGGACGAUCUUUAUCAACUGCAAAAGACGAUCCUGGUAGCAAAGGUUGUAAGGAGGAAUUCGUUUAUGUAGACAAAAGAUCUUUGCGAAAUGACAACGACCGUCUGUUCGAUCGCGAUAUUGAGGAGAAUGGUAGACAUAUCAUAAAUGGAAGCCGAAGAAGUAGAAGCAAUGAUUAUUCACAAAAAAAGAGAGGUUGUGACAAAGAAGAAAAUGUUGAAAAAUACAAUUCACAGAUAUUAAGAUACGAUAGAACACGAGAGCCAAGAAGAAGCUCGGAUCUAGUCAAAAGUAGUAAAGAAAAUUCAUUUAAUGAGCCUGAUGGUGGAUUACGACAAAGAAGUUCUUCGAGUUAUCGAAAAGAUAAGCUCUGGGACGAAAAAGCUCCCUCUAAAUCGAGGGAGUCAUCAAGUAGACGAGAAUCUUCUCGUGAUCGUCAAAUUUUUCGUAAAAUUUCCUUCAAGCUUAAACCUAAAGAUCCUUCUAAAAAGGACUUGAAGAACAACAAUGAGUCAGAUUCUAUUAGGAGUAAACCUCGGAGAGACAAUCAUCGACACUCGAGAGCUCUCUCUCCUCCCACGUUGGAGGAUCUUGAGGUUGAAGACGUUUCGAGACAUUGUAAAGUCUUCUCGUCUAAGGAUUACCGCGACGAAUGCAUCAAAGAGGAGAAAAAAAGUAACCACAACUACCGCGGCUCACGAGAUCUGACUUGGGUGGAGAAGGAAUUGUCAUGGUACUCAAGUGAAGAGUCACCUGAACGAGGUACGAGAUUUUCUUCUGAUAAUGAUGAUAGUGAUGAUGUGGGAUUUUCUACUAUUGAACGUAAUGGAACAACUGUUAUAAGGAUUCACACAAAUUCAAGAAGUCCUGAUCGAUUUAAAAGCUCAGAAAGGACAUCACGUGAACGACGAUAUCAGUGUAGACGUAGCCGCAAUAAUGUCGCGAUGAGACAUUAUAACAGAUAUGAUGAGGAAGAGGAUGCUGAAGAGGAUGACGAAGAGGAAGAAGAUGAUAUGGAUGAGGAUAUUGACUUCUUUAGCCGAAAGAAACGCCCAUCAGAUUCACUUUCAACCCGGAAUCACCGAGACUCGAGCGUCCAGAUCACAGACCUUGAAGAUGGCCAACCGUGUUUACAAUGUGGUGAAACUUGUUCCGGAUUUUCUCCGCAUACGUGGCGGAAAAAUUGCACGAGUUGUAAAUGUCCGAAGGAAGUACACGAUGUUUGUCAUGAAGAAUGGGUGUCUGUGAGAGCGAGAUUAGGCCUAAAAGGUGAAGAUCCGAAUAACUAUGUUGCAUUUGAUCCUAGAGAAAAAGGACUUGCUUGGGCCCCACCGGGACUUCCUCCACAUAAGGUGGAGGAGUAUUUUUCAAUGCUUCCGGAAAUAUCUGUUCCACGACUGGGUACUCCUGGUGAACGUCAUCGAGACCGGCAACUAGCAACCCAAUUGCCUAAACAAGACUUAGCUCGAGCUUACUGUCGUCAUCUGGAUUCCCGACAUUAUGCGAGUGCUGACGAUUUUAUGGCCGCUCGCAAUGAAAUUGCCCUAGACAUUGGUAGUGUUCAGGAAGUCCUUGAAAGAGGCCACGAAUGUGGAGUUUGCCAUGAGCCUUUAAAAUACGGAAGUCUUGCUGUGAUGGCAAGUAAACUGGGUAUUCUUUAUCAUCCUUCCUGUUUCCAGUGUACACAAUGCAGAGAAUUGCUAGUAGAUUUAGCUUAUUGCGUUCAUGAUGAUGCAUUAUACUGUGAGAGGCAUUAUGCUGAGAAAUUAAUGCCUAGAUGUGCUGCAUGUGAUGAGUUAAUUUUCAGUGGCGAGUACACAAAAGCAAUGAACAAGGAUUGGCACAGCGGUCACUUUUGCUGUUGGCAGUGCGACGAAUCCUUGACCGGACAACGUUAUGUCCUAAGAGACGAACAUCCGUAUUGCAUCAAGUGCUACGAAAGUGUUUUUGCAAACGGAUGCGAAGAGUGCAACAAAAUUAUCGGUAUCGACUCAAAGGAUCUCUCCUACAAGGACAAGCACUGGCACGAGGCCUGCUUCCUCUGCAACAAGUGCAGGGUCUCCUUGGUGGACAAACAGUUCGGAAGCAAGGUCGACAAGAUCUACUGCGGCAAUUGCUACGAUGCUCAGUUUGCAAGUCGUUGCGAUGGAUGUGGCGAGAUCUUCCGUGCUGGAACCAAGAAGAUGGAAUACAAAACUCGACAGUGGCACGAGAAAUGCUUUUGCUGCGUCGUCUGCAAGAAUCCCAUUGGCACGAAGAGCUUCAUUCCGCGCGAGCAGGAAAUCUAUUGUGCUAGCUGUUACGAAGAUAAAUUUGCUACUCGAUGUGUCAAGUGCAACAAGAUUAUCACCAGUGGCGGUGUGACAUACAAGCAAGAGCCAUGGCACAGAGAUUGUUUCACUUGCAGCCAUUGCAACAACUCACUGGCAGGCCAACGAUUCACUUCACGAGAUGAUAAACCUUAUUGUGCUGAGUGCUUUGGCGAGCUCUUUGCCAAAAGGUGUACCGCUUGCUCCAAACCAAUCACUGGUAUUGGCGGAACGCGUUUCAUCUCAUUCGAGGACAGACAUUGGCACAAUGACUGCUUCAUCUGUGCUGGAUGCAAUACUUCACUAGUCGGACGUGGAUUCAUUACUGAUGGCGACGAUAUCAUCUGUCCCGAGUGCGCCAAACAGAAGCUCUCGGAAUGAAAAUCGUACGGAAAAAAUGAGUAACGAAUGAGGGAGGAAAAAAUGCAGGCGAAAAGAUAGAGUUGAAGGAAUGUAUGUGGUAAAAAAAAAAAAAGAUAAUAAGAAAACGUAAAACAUCAAACAAAUUUAAUUAUCGAGCACAAUAACAAGCUGUAAUCUCACUAUGAUUGACACGAAUUUAUUAAAACGAUUAUACAAAAACGAGUAUUUACAUAUUACAUUAUAUCAAUGUCAGUGUUGUCUUAAAUUAUUCUCAAAUUAAUAUCUAUAUAUAUACAUGAGUUUUCGAAUAAAUUUCAACUCACAAUCGUAGUGAAAUUAGUCAUUUGUUACUAUAAUAGUCAUUUAUAAUUUCAACUUCUUAUGUACUACGUUAGCUCCUUAAUAAAGCGUACUCCAGCUGUUUUCGAAGUAAACUUUCGAGAACUGCUGGAUUCAGAAGAUACUGUGUUGAUAUCAAAUAAAGAAAAACGAAAAAAUAUAAAAAAAAAAAAUAGUCCCGAUGAAAAAAACAUCACAAUGGGAACAAUGUGCAGAUGCCUCAAAAAAUAAUAUUAAAAAAAAAAGAAAUCGCUUAAUAUUAAUAUAUUAUUAUACUUAUUAUUAUUGUAAUUAUUAUUAUUAUUCUUAUAAUGAUUAUAUUAAAAGUAUCCUUCAAGAGAGAUUGAGCUAAUGGGGAAGUGAAUAGAGUUAAAGGUGAUGUUAUUAAUAUUAUUUCUCAAUUAAAUUUAUUUCUUUUGAUUUACUUGUGCUUUUUAUGAUAUCAAAUGAACAAAGAGUUUCUAAAAUGUAUUUGUUCUCAUGAGAUGUGAGUCUCAUUAAUUCUCAUUUCAGACUAAUCUCGAUAAACUAUUUAAUUGAUCUACUUUCCGAUCUAUUUUUACGUUUAUUGAUGGACUUUGAUAACUAAUGAUCAAUUAUUCUGGGCUAUUUUGGUGCAGAUGUUGUGACGUUUUUGUUAUUUUAAUUAUUGUAACUAUCAUUCUAUAAUACAAAAGAAAAUGAUACAAUAAGUUUUGAAAUGCAAUGACCUUUUUUGCUUUUGCCGGUAUUGCAUUCAAAGCAUUAUUUGUGAAAUAAUAAAACGAUCGAUCGAUAUAUACAAACGCACUGUAAAAAUAAUCAACGUGCGCUUUACAGAAAAAAAAACAAACGAAAUUAGUGGCCUUAUUGUGAUCAAUGCACUCAAAUACGUAAGAGAUCUAUAGUUUGUGGAAUAAAAUUAUUAUUGUUAAUAAUAACAGAUUGAAAUAAAGAAAUUAUAUUUAAAAAAA